GCCCUGUGUGACAAAAAAAAAGAAUACAUGGAUAUUGAAUUCUUGGAGUAAAAAACUGACUUUCCUGCAAGAUUAUGGUUCGACUAACAUUGGAGCUAAUUGGUAAAAGCCUCAAUCAGAAGAAUCGCAGAGAUGAGUCCUUGGCCCAUUACUUAAGGAAAACGACUCAUCUUAAGUUAUCAAAUAAAAAUAUAGAUAUAAUUGAUGACCUGUCUUUGUGUAAAAACCUUAAUGUCCUUUAUUUGUAUGAUAACCAAAUUAGACAAAUACAUAAUUUGGAUUUUGCUACAAACCUAAGACACCUAUACCUGCAGAACAAUUGUAUUACACGAAUUGAAAAUCUAGCAUCAUUAAUAAAACUUGAAAAAUUGUAUCUGGGCGGCAAUUACAUCACUGUAGUAGAAGGCUUAGAAACUUUAGAAGAACUAAGAGAAUUACACGUUGAAAGCCAGCAGCUUCCCCUAGGAGAAAAGGUUUUGUUUGACCCAAGAAGUCUUCAUUCGCUAGCGAAGUCUUUAACAGUUUUGAAUAUCAGCAAUAAUAAUAUUGAUGAAGUGAGUGAUUUAGCAAUUCUGGAAAAUAUCUCCCACCUUAUAGCUGUUGACAACCAAAUUCACCAAGUGAAGGACUUGGAGUUUGUGCUGGGUAUAUGGACCAACCUGCGCAAAUUAGAGCUGAAUGGAAAUCCUGUUUGCCAGAAACCAAAAUAUAAGGACAGAGUUAUACUGCAAUCAAAAUCCCUUGAGUCCCUUGAUGGAAAAGAAAUAAAAGAAAUGGAAAGACAAUUCCUGAUGAAUUGGAAAGCAUCCAGAGAUGCCAGGAAGAAAAACAGGACAGAAAGUAUGAUGAAUGAACAUGCACCAUAUUUACAUUUUGAUAAUGAUGACAAAACACACCCCCAUUUUCCUAUUUACUAUUUCCCACUGACUAAAGAAAAACCAAAUGUUGCAAUUUUGUCUGAGAUGCAUAGAUCUCCUUAUAGUAAAGAAUCCCAUCGAACCGUCCAUGAAGACAGAGUUACUGAGAAAAUCAGCCAUUCAUCCCUGAAGAAUCCUCAAAAUGUACAGAAAAACCUGUCUGAACCUCACCUCCUAAGACAAAUGCCUCUUUAAGAAGAUACUGGAAAAGCAACAUCUUUUUGUGUUAUCAAGAGAACAAAUGAGUGCAUCAAACCAGCUAUGAAGAAAAAUUGAAUGUAGUGGGGAAAGUUUUAUAUUUUAAUCAGAAAACACUAAGGCAUGUUUUAAGUUUUUCAUUGCUGGCACAGUAAUUUUUCAUAAUACAAAAGCAGUAUUUUGUAUAACAGAUCCAAUAUAUGUAACUUCAUAAAUAAAAACUUUAAAGUAAAGUA